GGGGGGAUGAACGAAGUUGAUAUAGCCCUGGGCCACAGUCAUGUGACAUUAUCUUUACCCUUAUUAUUACAUAAUCUCAAUAUCACUAUUAUUAUAUUACUACUAUUUUUAUUUUAUUUUAUUACUACACGAAAAUGUGUGUAUAUAUAUAUUCAUCCGCCUUGCGCUGUCCCAACUCAUUUCAAUUCCCCAAUUCAAAAUUUCUCCGACGAUCGGAAUUCCGCUUCCGGCGAUUGAAUUACUCAAUUAAUAUGGACGCGAUCAGCUGCGUCGACGAGAGCACCGCCAGCGAAUCGGCGGCGGCGGCGGCGGGAGGACUCUGCCGCGUCGGGAGCGGCGCGAGCGCCGUCACCGACGCCGGCGAGAACGGCGUGGAGGCGGAGUCGAAGAAGCUGCCGUCGUCGAGAUUUAAAGGAGUGGUGCCGCAGCCGAACGGCCGGUGGGGGGCGCAAAUCUACGAGAAGCACCAGCGGGUGUGGCUGGGGACGUUCAACGAGGAGGAGGAGGCCGCCAGGGCCUACGACACGGCGGCGCAGCGGUUCCGCGGCCGCGACGCCGUCACGAAUUUCAAGCCAUUGUCACCGGAGUGCGACGAAAUCGAGGUUUCGUUUUUAAACGCCCACUCGAAAUCCGAGAUUGUCGACAUGCUCCGGAAGCAUACCUACGCCGACGAGCUCGACCAGAGCCGCCGGAAUUACGGCGCCGGAAAAUCACCCCAACACGAAAUUGCCGGCGCCGGCGCAGGCAAUUCCUCCUCCCCCGCCGGCCGCCGCGAGCACCUAUUCGAGAAGGCCGUGACGCCGAGCGACGUCGGAAAACUUAACCGUUUAGUGAUCCCGAAACAGCACGCCGAGAAACACUUCCCAUUGCCGAUCGGGAGCACGACGAAAGGGAUUCUUCUGAACUUCGAAGACAUUUCAGGGAAGGUUUGGAGAUUCCGAUAUUCGUAUUGGAAUUCGAGCCAGAGCUACGUUCUGACCAAAGGCUGGAGCCGUUUCGUGAAGGAGAAGGCUCUGCGCGCCGGCGACAUUGUCAUUUUCCGGCGAUCGGCCGGCCCGGACAGGCAGCUCUACAUUGACUGGAAGGCGUCAGGCCGAGCUCCGCCUGUGCAGACGGUGAGGCUGUUUGGCGUCGAUAUAUUGUUUGAGAAGGCCUCCGGCGACGGCGACGGCGCCGGUGACCGCUCCGGUGGCUGCAGCGGGAAGAGGAUUAGGGAAAUGGAGAUUUGGGGGUCAUUAGGGUGUGCGAAGAAACAGAGGGCCAUUGAUGCUUUGUGAAAUUUUAAUUCAAUUUUAGUUAAAUUUGAUUUUAGUAAUUUCUAGUCUUUUUUUUUUUUUUGUUUCUGAUUCUGCAAUUUUACUUUUUUUUUUUUGGUAUGUUGCAAGUUGCAAGAAAGUUCUAAUUGUACAGUAAAUAGGAAAUUAAUGAAAAAGAAACAAAUACUAGUACUAUACACUGGUUAUAUUUUUCAAA